AUGGGCAUCGUUCUAAAGUUCAAGAAGAAGGGUCCGGUUGGAAGCUUUCGGAAGCAUCCAAGGAAGAACAGGCAUCCACUUAGGGCAAUUACUAACUCCUUUUUAGAUGAGUUUCGCUAUGGUUCUUCUUCCCCUGGUCAAGUAAAUAAACUCAGAGACAGCAACAAAGAACUCUAUGAGUUAAUAGCUAUAGUUCCAAAACCCGAUUCACUUGUCCAACAAGUAAAGGCAGCAGAAACAUCGAUGUCCAAACCUGCGGUAUCUCCUAACGUUGGAACUUGUUCCUCAAGUAAUGCUUUGAAGAAAGUUGGCGGAAACAAAUUCAAGAUCAUCAUGAAGAAAAAGAAGGAGAUGGUUGCCGCGUAG